AUGUGUCCCACCAUCUUUUUACCUGGAUCAGCCUUCCAUGUGUUGCUGCAAAUCCAGUUUCUUACAUUCAAGAUUGCUACUGGCUUCACAUACACCAUGUUGCUUUGGCCUUUGCUUCCCGUGUUCCUGGCUGCAGUGGGCAUUUGUGGCUUCUGGGUUGUAUUUGCCAUGGCAGUUACAAAUGGCUCCGUCAACGUCACAGAAGUGUUUCCAUAUAUCAGCACAUGCGGUGCUUAUCCACCCCAGAGUUGCGUGUUUGGACAAAUUCUUAAUCUAGGAGCCUUUUUAGGUAAGCAGUAUAACCAACUGGAAGUCCAUGUGACAGGAGCCUUCUUGGCUUUUGUGAUUGGCAACCUUUACUUCUGGAUCCAAACCUUUCUGACCCACAAAGUGAAACCAAGACAUGGAGGAUCAUGGAUUCUACCACUCCGGUUCUUUCUUAGCUUGUGUGGUUCCAUCUUGUUUAUUUCCACUGUUGCUCUGUUUUUCCUGCAACUGCAUUCUGAGGCGGCCUACUGCGAAUGGGCCCUGGCCAUAGACCUCUUCCUGCUGUUUGGACUUUUUGCGGUGGAUUUCCAGCACAUCGGCGGAUGCUCGAUCCAUUUACAGCCCCGGUAUCCAGAGGAGAAUUUCCCGAGUGUGCAGAUAUCGGUACAAACUCUUUCGCUCUGAUUCAUCUCGUUCCUCAGAAGAAGGUGGCGUCUUGAUGAAAUUGUCUAUGCACCAAGCCUGCUUUUUUUUGGUGGAAAAACACUGCAUCAGGUCCUUAACAUUUGGCUGUGAGGGAAAGAGAACCCAAAACAUUGCCUGACCUAUUAUUAUUUUUAUUUGAAAAGUCUUCUUAUCUGGCCAUCCUUUGGAUCCAUAUAAUUCUGUGGUAGAGGAGAUGUAUCCUAGGUGUCCUUUAUAAGGAUUCAGCCUUUUUUUUUUCCUGACAGGGAAGUUAGCCCCAGUGCCUUUCAUUGGAAGAUCUAUUUGUCAUCUCCUGCAUUUGUUCUUUUGUUUUUUAAAUAGAUUUUUUUUUUAAAAAAAUCUAUUUAA